ACCCCUUGGCAACUGUCCUUUAACUACUGACUUCAGGGGAGGAGUGAGCCAAUUGUCUGUGAAUUCUACUGAAAGAAACCUGGAAUUUUGCAGCUGCUGAGAGAGAGAGAGAGAGAGAAUUCAAGUAGAGAAGUCACUUUUGUACUGAAAAACACUAGAACAGAACUUAGAUUUUAAAAAAGAGAUCCUCUGUGUUUGUUCUUGCAAGGAUAGUCAAGGAGUGUCUUUCAGACUGUUGUCCUUUCUCAACAAAGAAAGGGAAGAAGAAACCCUUCCAGCCCUCUUACUUUUAAUCUGUGCCUGAGAGCUGCACAAGAAGGGGCUUAGGUGAGGAAGAGAUGCACCCACCAGUUUCUAUGGAUAGAUGUUGCACCAGAGCCCCCUUCCUCUACCAAAUGAGAUUUCUGGAUUUCAAGAGACAAGACAAACAACUGUGCAAGCCUGAGGGGGAGACUGUCAGCUCUAUUUUGAAGUGAACAGAGACCGGUGGGAAGAAAUCACUCACACACACACACACACACACACCCCUCAUCAAAAUCUGGAAGAGAAAAGGCAACUGCUGGUGGUGGUUCUGACAACCCAACUUUCGAGCCAUGUAUGCCUUCUGACUCAGGCAAGACUCUCUGUGCGAGGAAGCAGCCCUUCCCAUCUAGAGUCCCGGGGUGAAGAAGAAGCCCACUGACUUGGGCAGAAAGCAGCAGCCUCCAGUGGCAGUCUCAGUUGCUGCUGUUCAUUCAGUCCAACAAGCCAGCACUGCUAACCACACACAGGGAUUUGGGACUUCUCUUCCAAAGAGAGAAAAGCCUUAAGCAAUGAUGAAGACUAUGUCCAGUGGGAACUGCACCUUGAAUGUGCCUGCCAAGAACUCCUACCGCAUGGUUGUGCUGGGAGCCUCUAGAGUGGGCAAGAGCUCCAUCGUCUCACGGUUUCUCAAUGGCCGCUUUGAGGACCAAUACACACCCACCAUUGAGGAUUUUCAUCGCAAAGUCUACAACAUUCGGGGUGAUAUGUAUCAGCUAGACAUCCUAGAUACAUCUGGGAAUCAUCCAUUCCCUGCCAUGAGGAGACUUUCCAUACUCACAGGGGAUGUUUUCAUUCUAGUGUUCAGUUUGGAUAGCAGAGAAUCCUUUGAUGAGGUCAAGAGACUCCAGAAGCAGAUUCUUGAAGUCAAAUCCUGCCUGAAGAAUAAGACCAAGGAAACAGGUGACCUCCCCAUGGUGAUUUGCGGCAACAAGAAUGAUCACAAUGAACUCUACCGUCAAGUGCGCUCGGAGGAGGCUGAGAAGCUCGUCUCCAGUGAUGAGAACUGUGCUUACUUUGAAGUCUCAGCCAAGAAGAAUACCAAUGUGAAUGAGAUGUUCUAUGUCCUCUUCAGUAUGGCCAAGCUGCCUCAUGAGAUGAGCCCUGCUCUUCACAGAAAGAUCUCUGUCCAAUAUGGUGACACUUUCCAUCAAAAGUCCUUCAGGAUGCAUAGGGUCAAGGAAUCAGAUGCCUAUGGCAUGAUCUCCCCCUUUGCCCGCCGACCCAGUGUCAACAGUGACCUGAAAUACAUCAAAUCCAAAGUCCUCAGAGAAGGACAAACGAGAGAGAGAGAGAAAUGUACAAUCCAGUGAAGAAAGCUCCACUGAGAUGGAGUCUAGAGUGUAUGUGCAGUGCCUUAAAGAUAACGGCUGGCCGGAUAAAGUUCUUCAUGCAUUCCUGAGGCCUAGGUGAUGGCGGUAGGUCAGGUUAUGAGAACAGUGUUUAAAAGCACUUAGCAAACAGUACCGCACAUUAAUGUAAAGAAGUAACUUCAAAGGAUAGCAUUGUAAAUACUUGAAGCUGCCUGGUAGGUACUUGCCAUAGGCAGCACCUGUGAUUAGUUCUUCGUUCUUUUUUAAAACUAGAUUUCUAUUUGUUCUCUUCUCUUCUCUGGAGAUAGAUUUUUCUCCCUCUCUCACAACACUUGUACCAGGGGUCAUCCCAGGAAACUGCAGGCCGGGAAUUUUGGACCAACAAAAGGAAGUACUUUUUCACAAAGUGCAUAAUUAAUCGAUGGAAUUCUCUGCCAUGGGAUGAAGUGAUGGCCACUACCUUGGAUGGCUUUAAAAGUGGCUUAGACAAAUUCAUGUUGAACAGGUCUAUCAAUUGCUACUAGUCUGGUGGCAAUAGGCCACCUCCAGCCUCUAAAUACCAGUUGCAGGGGACUAACAGUAGGAGAUAGGGCAUACCCUCACCUCUUGCCUGUGGGCUUCUCAGAGGCAUUUAGUGGACUACUGUGUGAAACAGGAUGCUGAACUAGAUGGGGCCUGAUCCAGCAAGGUGGUUGUUAUGAUAAUCUGGGUGCAUAAAGAAUGGUGAGCCUCAGCUUUAUACAAAGACUUAGUGCAAGGUCUGGUCUAAAUCAUUUUGCUGAGGUCCCAUCUUGCCAUAAGCAAUCUUUGCCGAAAAGGAGAACUCUGUUUUCCUCCAAAACCUUUCAGAAAUAAGACUCAUGAUUCAACUUCAGUGAACUGAGGGUGGCUUCCAAGACAAAUGCAGAAGUAGCAGAGAAGCAUGGACCUAAUAUUUGUCCUUAAGUGGAGUUGUUUGGUCUGAAGAAGGUCUCAGCAUUUGGGAGUUCUAAAAAUGCACUUUUUUGUGGCAGUGGCAAUUCUUCAUAGCAUCAGUGCAAAUGUCACUUUGUAUUAUAGCUCUAAUUUUGUUUUUGUUUCCCAAGCAAAACCAGAUGGCAAAUUGUCUGUUUAACUGAAAUGUGAGUUAAUCAGCAAGUAUGAUCUGGAAAUGCCAACUGUUUUCCAAUUACAUGAUGUAUAAAGUAAUUGAAGUUGUUGUACUGUAAAAACCAGCACACCUGACUGCUUGAUGUGAUUUUGCUUUAUGUGGUUUUUUUUUGUCUUUCAAAGAAUAUGUAUAUUUAGAAAAUUUUCAAGAUAUACUCCAAAUCCCACCCCUCUUCAACUACCAUAAUAAUGUCUCUGUUUUGUAUUGUAUAUUCUUGUGGUCAUAGCCACAGUGGAUAUGCAGUAUUAGGUUUCAUGGUUUAUCCAAUGACAUAUACCAGCUAUGGUUUGGUUUUAUAGCUGAACCUGUCAACUCAGAAACCAUGGUUUGCAAAAGUUCCCAAACUAAGAUAUCAAGCCAUAGUUUGAAGCUGGUUUGCAAAUCAUAGUUGGUGCUAACUGUAGUUUGCUAUUGGCCACAUUUGCAUGUAAUGCGAAAAAGAAGUUUAAGGGGCCAGAGGUUGCCAAAUCUGUACGUCAGAAUGCAGGACACCCCUGUGAAACUCUGGUUCCACACAGAGAGCAACUCGAAGUUUCGCUCUCCAAACUCAUUUGAACCCUCGGGUUGUAGUGAGUUUCACCGCUCCAAUCCAAGGUUUGCCGCAGCCUGUUUUAUGUGCGAAUGUGGAACUGCAGGAUCAGCUGUCUGGAUCCGGAAUUGAGGGAGGAAGCUCCUCCCUCUAUUCAGCUGUGAUUGGCUCUAUGGGCUGUCCUUCAUGCAAGAAGGAAGCCCGCACAGCCAGUUCCCCUUCCUCUCUGCAGUCUCCCUGACUGCAGAGAGCCUGCUCUCCGUUAUGUCCAAAUUCAGACAGGAGAGCAGGAGGGGGAGCGGAACUGCGGGUCCACUAGAACCGCAGUUCCACAUUACAUGCAAAUGCAGCCAUUAUGUCUGAUUUCACAAACCACUGGCAAACCACAGUUAUGGUUGUUGCUCCGUCUUGCAGUUUCUGCACUAAGGAGAUGGGAGCAAACCUAUGAAGCUGAGUGCUGAGCAGGUGAAAAAUGAAAACAGGCAACCAGUUCUAAAUAAUGGUUUGUAUCCCAUUAAUAAUAAUAUUAUUAUAUUUGAAUAGAGCCUGACUGCAACUCAGAGCAGGUUUAUUUGGAAACAUGUUUUGAUUGUUUGUUUUGAUUGUUUGUUUUGAUUGUUUUAAUGUUGUUUUUAGAAUACUGUUUUAUAAUUUUAAAUUGUGUUUUAAAUUUCUUGCUUUUAAAUUUUUGUUUUUGUUUUUAAUUAAUGUUUUACUUUUUAAUCUUGUUGUAAAUUGCCCAGAGACGUACGUUUGGGGUGGUAUAAAAAAUGUUAAUUAAAUAAAUAAAUAAACAAACAGGGCUGCAAUCCUGUGCACUCUUACCAGGUAAGAGUGCGUAGGAUUGCAGUUCUUUUUCCAAAUAAACCUGCUCUGAAUUGCAGCCAAAGGCUCUAUUCAAAUAUCACAUCUUUUUAGAACAUAUUUUUCAAAACAAAGCAAAACUCUGAAUUUGAUUAUCUUCCUCCUGCCAAAUGGAUGCACCUUUUAACAGCAGAAUUCCAGAUGAAAAAGAAAAGGCUGGAAUGAAAUCAGUUUGUAAUUAAAGCCCUGGUUCCUGGAGACGUGUGAUAUCCCAGUGAAUAGGAGGUAGAUUUCACUCAGGGCAGGCCACGUAACACAUGCCCCUUUUCACAAUGGUGACUUUUCCCCUUGAACCUGUGACUGCUCUCUGCUCAGGAUGGGACCUCACCUGAGAAGAACCCGCAGACCUGCAUGCUUCAGCGGCCAUGCUGAGAGAUUUAUGCUCCUGUUACCAUGAACAGGGAGCCAGCACAGAUAAGAAUGGUGAUGUGUACCAUCCUUAUUUCCUGCUCUCUUGCCUCCAUCCCACAUCUUCUGCCCAAAGCUCUCUUCUUUCUCACUGUUUCUUCAGCUGUUCUUACAUGGUGUGUUGGGGCAACUGUGUGCACUGAAAACAGACAUUUUAAGAAAAAAUUACCUCAGAGAUGAGUAUGCAUUGUAAAGUGUGUGUGUGUGUGUGUGUGUGUGUGUGUGUGUGUACAUGUGCGUGCGUGCAUAGCUGGGGGAACACUUUAGGCUCAGUAGUGCUGAAACUGUGCACAAUGUGGGUUAUAGAUAUCCAGUCCCAGCCCUUGAAUAUACCACACCUCUGUGUUAUAGUAUACCUCAUAUUCUGUACAUAUGUAAAUAUCUUGAACUCUCUAGUUGAAGUUGCAAGCCACAGUGGCGCUGAACGAAUGUUCAUUUUGCAGUCUGACCGGUGAUGAAGGAUUAGGGGGAAAUAUAGAAGUUGCUAACAAACAACACAAUUUUGCGCCUCAUCCCCACACCCGUCCUUGCCUUGCAAUGUAAAAUACAGUAUUGUUUGAAUUAUAGUGCCAUGGCAACAUUCUAUAUUAUUUUCAAGUGACUCAGAACUUGUAUAAAUAUAUAUAUACAGUUUACGAAUAAACCUGGUUUAUUUAUUA